UUUUGAAGUCAGAGUGCACAACAAUCUUUCGGUCCAGCUCUCCUUUUUAUCAACGCACAUACUUCACACCCUUCUUGUUCAUUCAUCUUUCUAUUCAUUGUUUUCUUAAACCCUCUUUCGUGAAUCCAUGUCAUUUAAAAGUAACAUGAGGCUUGCACUGCUCUUUUACAUCGCGAGAUUAGUCGCUGCGCAAGCGUCUGUCACCUCCACUCAAGAAAUCACACUGCCAACCGCUAGACUUCAGAACGCUUACGAAGUACCCGGGAACUUUCCUAGCGUUGGAUUCGAACAUGGCUUCGUUCCUGGGUUCAAUGAUGAUUUCUCCAGCAACUUGAUUGACGAUCUAUCGCAGAGAAUGAGCGAGAAACCUAUCGUUCGAGUCGGUGGAACGAGCGGCGACAUUAUCAAAUUUAACCCUGGACAAACCGAACCCCACGUCUGCAUCGAAAACAAAACCGUUUUUGUCGGCGCAGAUAUUUUCAAGAACUGCUCCCAUAAAUCCACCUUCAUCCUCGGCCCUUCCUUUUUCAAUGCGUUUACUAGACGCUACGAGAACGCUCGUAUCUCAAUCCAAGCCCCUCUUGACCCAAUUCACAGCGACGACUUACCCAACAAAACCAACGUUGUCUCCUUCAUCAAAGAAGCAUACAAUGCUCUCGGGGCUGAUCGUAUUGACGCGAUUGCCAUUGGCAACGAACCCAAUUUUUUUGAGGCAGAUGGGCUGGCUUACGUGCGCGAUGGCCUUUCUGCUGCAAAGGACAUUAAAGAAGGAGUCAACGCUACCGAAGGCCAAGAGAAGAUCUGGGAAAUUCUGAACACGGCGAGUGAGGUGAACCACGGUGGAAAACCCUGGGCGCACAGCUUGAAGAAUAUGGUAGAAGCAUGGGAGAAAGAGGAUAAGAGGAUCAAGUAUGUCGCAGAACAUUACUAUCAGUUUGAUGGAAAGUCGCUGGGCAUCGAGAAACAUUUGCUCAACCACACCGAUCUCGUCGAAGGUUUCAAGUUGUAUCAAGACAAGAUUGAUUGGACGCGAAACGUGGCCAAGAGCGAGUAUAUUCUUUCGGAAGCUGGUGGACCAUUAGGCCCGAAGUUUGAAGAGACGGGUCAUUUCGCUAUCUCGCUUUGGGGUGUCAACUUCAUGAUGUACGGAAUGAGCCACGGUGUCAGCAGAGCCAGCCUCGUCCAGCGCCCCGGCGUGAUCAGAGCCCUCUGGACCCCCUUCCCCGUGAAAGGUCGACCAGGUCCCAUGGUGCAAGCGCAAUACUACACAUAUCCCUUUAUCGCAGACUUCCUUGGCAAAAAUAUCUCCGGAAAACGCGGCGUCGUCAACAUCGACCUCAAUGAUCCUACCCUCUCCGCCUAUGCCAUGUUCGAAGGUGAAAAGCUGGCUCGCAUUUCUAUUGUGAAUCUACGCCAUUAUGAUGGUACUGGCGACAGGAAAGCGGUGAAUGUGGUACUGAAGAGUUUGGAUGCGACCGUUAAGAAGGUGAGUGUGGGAAGGCUGCAUGCGAGCGAGGGAACUGCGGCAGGGGGAUGGGAUGUGAAUAAGAAGAAUAUUACCUGGCAAGGGCAGCAGUGGAGUCAUGGAGUGAACAAGGGAAGAGUGCAUGGCGAAUUGGACCGUAAGGAGUUAAAUGUUCAGGAGGGUGCUGUGGAGGUUGUUGUGCCUGACAGUGAGGCUGUCAUUGUGUGUUUAGGGUAGAACUUUGUCUGACUAGCUCUGAAACUAUGUUAUCGGAGAAGAUUUCACACCUGAGAAAAGCAUCACUCCGGAGGCUAAUCCUUUCGGCGCACCCUCUACGAGCAAUGAGUCAGUGAUAUUGGAUCUAGAAGACGCCCGCUUGGUGUGCGAAGUGAGAAGACUUUUCCUGGGCUCUUGAAAGAUCUACUGUAUAAGAUAUGAUGCUUGCAGUAAGACCAGAGCAGCUGUUAUCGUUAGUUGUAGGCUUGCAACACGGACAAAAGAAGGACAGGACUGCUGGCUGAGGUUAACAGUCGCGGACACGCUAAUCUUACUUGUUGACGUCAAACUGAUCUUAACCGAAUAUCCUUCAUUAAUUCCAUUUUUUCCUGAAAUAACAGUGUGAUGUGGGAAUGCGUGGCAGCUAGAAGUCCUUUCAGGCCCCAUCGCAAUAAUUACGUUGGAAAGUCUAUUUGUCACACUAGUCAAGCCCUCCCAUCAGCUCUCCUGUGCAUGUUCAAAUGUUGUCAACUGACGGUUCGCUUGACAUCACAUGCAGACCACGUGCAGCAAUAACCAGCUUAGUUCUUCCAGAAGCUGCCGAGGCAUCCAUUCUCUAAGAUCCUGCCACACGCAGCACAAUCAGUCUUCACCAUUAUUUCGCAUAGCUUCUUUACUCCCCAAGGGCGUCAAAAAGCACGCCCCUAUUGCUAGACAACUCAACCUGGGAACCAGUCUCACU